GGACAAAGUGCAGCCCCUUUACCAGGCAGCCGACCUCCUCCAACUGGACUAUGUAAGAGACACCUGCAGCAGCUACAUGGGCAUGAACGUGGAGCGCUCUACCUGUGUGGACCUGUACAUGUUUGCUGAUGUCUUCACUGUGGACAUUGUCCGAAAAUCUUGUCUGAAGUUUAUCGAUAAACACUUUGUUGAGGUUGCCUCCAGCGAAGACUUUUGCAGCCUGAAUGUGAAUCAGCUGACUGAGAUCAUCAGCCACGACGAGCUGGAUGUUAAAGAGGAGACAACAGUGUGGGAGGCUGUGGUGAGAUGGGUGCAGCACAACAGGGAGGAUAGACUGCACCACCUACCCAGCAUUCUCCCUCAUAUCCGCUUCAACCUGCUGUCCUCAGACGACAUGACAGCCAUCUUGGAACGCCCACUGGUCAGGGAGGAUCCUGGAAGUUCUGAGGUCAUCCAAAAUAUGGUACAGAAAGGGAACCUCAACCUGAAGCCGAGGCUUGGGAUGACCAUGGAAAUGGCGCUGCUGUACAAUGCAGCACUAGGUUCCAACGAGCUCCUCUUCAUGAACCCUCGUAAAGGGAAGUACAUCAGUUGCAGUUACAAGCCAGAAGACCUUCCUAAUUCCUCCAUCAUGACAGUCACCAGUGAUAACGACAUCUAUAUCCUGAACACUAAAGGAUCGGAGGAUAACAAUAAGUUCUCUCUGUUUAAGUACAACCAUGCAAAAAACUUGUGGGAAGACGCAGGUGUGUCCUCGAUAUCUGAGGGACCAGAAGACGACGUCUCGUAUGAGGAACACCUUAUUAAAGUUGAUGGGACCUUGUAUUACCUUGCUGUUUAUGACUGUCAGUCUUUGCAGCAGAUGAGAAAGUACAACCCACACACAAACCAGUGGCAGGAUUGUUCACAGCUGCAACUUGACAUAACUUUCGAGGAUGCAGCAGCAUUGUCCUGUGGUUCACACAUAUAUUUCCUAUCAAUCGAGGAAGUGCAUCGCUAUGAACCAACGGAGGAUCGGUGGAGCAAACGGACGCCACCUGGGGUCAUUUCAAAUGUCUGUACAGCUGCUGCCAUGGGAACAGAGAUUUUCUGUACAGAUCUCUGCUUCACUUACACGAUGGUGUACGACACAGAGUCAGACCGCUGGCAGAAACUGCAAGGCUGGGAGAAGCCAGAAAACCUUUAUGCUGACCGUUUUCCUGUUCUUUUCGUACUGGAGAACCAGCUGCACAUAUUGUUAUCCUGUGCUAGCGACCUCCACGAAGACAAAGUAUAUCUGGUAUAUGUGUAUGACAGGUCUGCUGAUGUCUGGAAUGAGUUAAAGACAAAUCUGCCUAAUGAGGAAUAUUAUGCGUUUGGUUCUUGUUCCCCUGCGGCACGUGUGUACCUUCCAUAUCUAAAGGGGACAUAAAAACGCAUCACUUAUUACACUAUUCAGUGUUAAUGUGCAGGAUAACAUUUAGAGUAUGGGUUAGGACUGGAUAGCAACAGUUACUUAGAUCUUGGCUUUUACUAAAUGUUCUACAGUAUGAUAGAUGUACCAGGUUUUAU